AUGGCGUCCGUGAAGUCGAACCAGCUCAACACCCUCGUGGCCAACAUGUUCGCUGCGGGUAUGCUGGACGAUCAGUUCCGGCAGCUUCAAAUGCUCCAGGAUGAGAGCGCGCCAGACUUUGUUGCCGAGGUCAUCACGCUUUUCUGCGAGGAGGGCAAGCGUAUCAUCGGCGAGAUCACCAAGCAGUUGGACCAACCAUAUGUGGACUAUGACAAGAUGGACAUAUUUGUUGAUCAGCUCUGGGGAAGCAGUGCACAUGUUGGUGCUCAAAGAGUGAAGAACACUUGCAUUCGGUUUCAUGAGUGUUGUCAGGAGAAGAGCAGAGUUGGGUGCCUGAAGACACUGGAUUCUGUGAGAAAUGAUUUCUAUGAUCUAAGAGACACAAAUAGAAGCUUGCUACAGUUUUUGAAGCAACUGAAUACCAAACCAGAAAUACUACUUCCUUACAACUUCGGGUGA